CAACACUGCUAGUACACGUCGACUGAAACUGACGUUCAGUGUGUAGUUUUGUCGGUAUUUUUUUACUAAACCGAAUAUUUUAUCCGGCUGUCCGUACUACCAGUUAUCGAAAAAUGGUAUCUGUCAUAUCCACAGUCGAUACUGGGCACGAAGACAUGAUUCAUGAUGCUCAGAUGGACUAUUAUGGUUGCCGACUUGCAACAUGCUCUUCUGAUAGGUCUGUAAGGAUCUAUGAUGUGAAAAACGGUACACAGACAUUGGCAGCAGACUUAAGAGGGCAUGAAGGGCCAGUCUGGCAAAUUGCCUGGGCUCAUCCCAAGUUUGGAAACAUUCUUGCCUCCUGCUCCUAUGAUCGCAAAGUCAUUAUCUGGAAAGAAAUGAGUGGGCAAUGGGUCAAGUUUUAUGAAUAUGCUAACCAUGAUUCAUCUGUGAACUCUGUUUGCUGGGCACCUCAUGACUUUGGCUUGAUUCUUGCUUGUGGAAGUUCUGAUGGAUCCAUCUCUAUUCUUUCUGCUACAGCUGCAGGGGGAUGGGAAGCCAAGAAGAUCAACAAUGCCCACACAAUUGGAUGCAAUGCAGUUAGCUGGGCCCCGGCUAUUGGACCCAACGCAGCUUUCGACUCCUCGUCCGGUGUGCGAUCUGCCCCCGUCAAACGGUUUGUUAGCGGCGGCUGUGAUAACCUUGUCAAAGUCUGGCGGGAGGAUAAAGAAUGGGUAGAGGAAGCCAAAUUGGAAGGGCAUUCGGACUGGGUUCGUGAUGCAGCUUGGGCUCCGUCCAUUGGACUUUCUCGUACCGUCAUUGCCAGCUGUUCUCAAGAUCGACGAGUUAUUUUAUGGACAAACGACGGUGUAUCCAGCAGUUGGAACCAGAGGGUUCUUCACACCUUCGAGGACGUUGUUUGGCACGUCUCAUGGUCCGUAACGGGCAAUAUCCUGGCUGUCUCAGGUGGAGACAACAAAGUCAGUUUAUGGAAAGAAACAGUUGAAGGGCAGUGGGUAUGCAUAAGUGACGUCAAUCGAGGCAAGGGAUCGGCGCCUGGCCAACAGUGAAAAUAAGAUCCAUCUGCCUGUUAAUCUCUACUCUAACGCUAGCCAUGUUCCCUUAAUUUGGUUUAUUCUUUAUACAUUACCGAAAAAAAUA